GGAUUUGAAUCCACAACCUCAGGAUCUGAAGUCCAAAACCUCACCCUCUACGCCACAUUGAUGUCCUCCAGGUCUGGACUGCCAGCGUGAAAAGAGAAUCGCAGGCACUUGGGGGGGAGAGAGAGGAAAGUUUUACAUGGAGCAUGGCCUCAGCCAAAGAGAAUGGUGUGCCUGAAGGACUGGCCCACAUUAAGCAAGAGGACUGUGAGUGGGAGGCACCAGAGUAUUUGUCUGCGAAGGUGGAAGAUUAUGAAAGACAGAUUUCAGAUUUUAAAGUGGAGGAGCCCGAGGAGGAGACUGUGGAUGUUAAAACGGAGCUUUGUACCCACUGGCAUCCCAUUCAAGUGAAACCUGAGUUGCCAGAGUUUGAGGAGAACAUCCCCGAAGGAAACAGGUGGGACGCAGAAGGGCAGGAGUCAUCUGGGAGCCUAGGAAUGAACUUACAGGCAAAAGGCACAUCUCAAUCUUCGUGGGCUCAGACUUCUCGUCAGCGCAGGCUGCAACAGAAGCAGGACAAGGAAAAGACAAAGAAAUCAACAAGAGGAUCCUCUUUGCAGUGCAGUUCCCUUUCUGUUGUCAAGCUAACACAGGCAGAAGCCGUCAACCAUGAUCAACAACAAGAGCAUAAUACAGAUCAAGAAGCUGCGCGUGUGGGCCGAGAGUGCAAAGAAACUUCCAAAAAGAAAUCGGACAGCGAGGAUUGUAGGUCAGUUCAUGCAAAACUGAAGCCGUGUUGCUGUUCUGAAUGUGGAAAACAAUUCUUUUUCAGUAGCAGCCUCCAAAGACACAUGAGAACCCACACUGGAGAGAAACCCUAUUGCUGUCCUGAAUGUGGCAAAAGAUUCACCGCCAUCAACACUCUUCAGAACCACGCAAGAAUUCACACAGGAGAGAAACCGUUUUGCUGUUCAGAAUGUGGCAAACAGUUCUCCACCAAAAGUAGUCUUCGACAGCACAAACGAAUUCAUACUGGAGAGAAGCCAUAUUGCUGUUCUGAGUGUGGCAAAAGAUUUCUCCAUAACUGCAGUCUUCAGAACCACAUAAGAGUUCACACAGGAGAGAAACCGUAUUGCUGUACUGAAUGUGGCAAACGUUUCACUAACAUUAGUACUCUUCACGGCCAUGAAAGAAUUCAUACGGGUGAAAAGCCGUAUUGCUGCUCUGAAUGUGGCAAGCAAUUCUCCAAAGUCAGCAGUCUUUUACAGCACACACGGAUUCACAGUGGAGAGAAGCCAUACUGCUGUUCUGAAUGUGGUAAAAGGUUUCUCUAUAACUGCAGUUUCCAAAGACAUGCAAGAAUCCACACAGGAGAGAAACCCUAUGGCUGUGCUGAAUGUGGAAAAAGAUUCACCGACAGUAGCGCCCUUUGGCAGCACAAAAGAAUUCAUACUGGAGAAAAGCCAUUUUGCUGUUCUAUAUGUGGUAAAAGAUUCCCUCUUAACUACAAACUUCAGAGCCACUUAAAAAUCCACACCGGUGAAAAGCCGUUUUCCUGCCCUGAAUGUGGCAAACAAUUCUCUAAUAGCAGCAGCCUUAAAAACCACAUAAAAAGUCACACUGUAAGAUGAUUUCCCCUUAAUAGUCAUUAUGAUCAUUCAAAAAUUCACAAUGGAUGAAAAAUCUUAUUGUUGUACUGAGUGUGGAAAGCGACUCUCAUGCAGCAGUGAACUUUGUUGCCAUAAACUAAUUGAUUUUGAUAAGAAUUCUCUUAGCUAUUCUUAAUGUUGUAAGUGAUCCUUACACAGCAAGAGUCUUAAUAGGCAAAUGAGAGUAAGCUGUAAAGAAUAAGUAAAAUGAAAAAAGAUGGAGGGAAGGAGUUAGCAUGAAAUCUCAUAAAUAAUGAUGUCUUGAGGAGUUCCUUCAAAUGGUGGACUUCAUUGUUUCCCAAAGCUCAGGAGAACCUGCUUACAGUAGGGAAUGGAAGUAGUGAGACCUCUUUACUUUCAACAUGCUUUUGUGUGUUGAUUUUUAUUUUAAACGGAUAAAUAUGCCAUUGUUGCCUAUCAGUCUACACUCACUGACCUAUAAUGACAAAGUGAAAACAUGAUUUCUAGAAAAGGUUGCAAAUGAAUUAAAAGUGAAAAACCAAAAAAUCUCAUUCCUGUAAGUAUUCAGGCCCCUAAUUUCGUUCUUUGUAGAAGCCCCUUAGACAAUCCUCUUGUUUACUCUACAAGGUUUUGCACCCCUGAAUUUGACCAGUUGAUCACAUUCUAGAUGACAGCUCCUCUCUCAAGCUCCUAUAGAUUAUUUGGGAAGUGUCCAUUGACUACCAUCUUCAGGUCUCCCCACGCUUCUUCUAUGGCAGGAGUGUCCAAAUCCAAUCCUGAAGGGCUGCAGUAGC